UGAGAAUGACGGCAAGCUUGUUUUAGUGCUCACGUGAUGUGUUUCUUCAAGCUCCAGCUCCAGCUUCAGUCUUGCUGGCCUCCACUCUCCAUUUCCAUUCCUUCUUCUUCUUCUUCUUUUUAACUCCCCAUUCUUCACUUCCUCCACUCUCUAUGUUCUUCUAUCCAUGGAUCCCCAUUCUUCUUCUUCUUCUUCCUCAUCAUCCCUUCUUCUCUGUUUCUUUCUCUUUCUCCUCGCCGCCCCUUCCUAUUCUCUUCCACUUUCCGUUUCCAUUCCUCUUUCACUGUCUCCCCCUUCAAUCAACAACAACCCAUCUGCAAAAACAACAAGAAGUGGUCAUUACCCAUACCAAAAGCUCGCCUUUUUAGUCUCCCAAUCAUUAAGCAGAGCCCAUCAUCUCAAAAACCACCGAAACAACGACGUAACCUCCCUCUCUUCACACUCCUAUGGCGGAUACUCCAUCUCUCUCAGCUUCGGUUCUCCACCACAAACAAUCCAAUUCGUUAUGGAUACAGGCAGUGAUCUUUCAUGGUUUCCCUGCACUAAACGCUACGUCUGCCGUAACUGCACAUUCCCCGGAGGAGAUAAAUCAAGCCUAACCAACCCGCCAUUCUACCCCAAAUUAUCAUCAUCAUCAAAAGUUCUAGGCUGCCAGAACCCAAAAUGCGGAUGGCUUCAUCAUCGAAACGUCACUCAUUGUGCCGAUUGCGAUUCAGAUUCCUCAAAUUGCACUCAGAUCUGUUCCCCUUACAUGAUCUUCUACGGCUCCGGAACCACCGGCGGCUUCGGAUUGCUAGAAACACUCGAUUUACCUGGAAACAGGCUAUUCCCUAAUUUCCUCGUCGGAUGCUCUGUUUUCUCGUCCAGACAACCCGCCGGAAUCGCCGGUUUCGGACGAGGAAAAGCCUCGUUACCGAGUCAACUCGGAUUAGACAGAUUCUCCUACUGUCUUCUCUCCCGUAAAUACGACGAAUCAAGCCAGACAUCUCCGCUUCAAUUAGAAAGUGGGUUGGAUUCCGGCGGGAAAACCGCCGGCGUCAGCUACACUCGUUUCGCAAAGAACCCAAUUGUCCCCGGAAAAGAGGCGCUCUCUGUUUACUACUAUCUCCCCAUUCGUAAAAUCACAGUGGGUGGAUCUACGGUGAAGAUUCCGGAUGAGUAUCUGUUGACUGGGGAAAACGGGGACGGCGGGUCGAUCGUUGAUUCAGGAUCAACUUUCACUUAUAUGACGAACCCGGUUUUCAAAUUGGUGGCGAGUGCGUUUGAGAAUCAGGUGAAGAAGUAUUCGAAAGCAGAGUAUGUAGAAUCGGCGGUGGGAUUGAGGCCGUGUUUUAACGUUUCAGGUGAGAAAGAGAUAAGUUUGCCGGAGAUGAGACUGCAUUUUAAGGGAGGGUCGGAGAUGGUUUUGCCGCUGGAGAAUUAUUAUGUAUUGGCCGGGAAUUCGGAGGCCGUUUGUUUUGCGAUGGUGACGGAUUCAGAGCUUGAGUCGCCGUCGAGGGACGGCGGACCGGCGAUAAUAUUGGGAAGUUUUCAGAUGCAGAAUUUUUAUGUAGAGUAUGAUUUGAGGAAUGAUAGGUUUGGAUUCAUGAAACAAAAAUGCAAAUGAAUCCAUAGUAUAUAAUAUAUAAUGAUAAUCUAUAUCAUUUUAAUUGACUUGUACACGAAUUUUAUUAUUAUUUAUCUUAAUAAUAAACUUUAUACAA